CUUCUCUCUCUGCCUUCCUCCUUCUAAGAGGGAGCUCAUCGUCGGUGGCGACGAGAAGCUUCCCCGCGACCUAACUUCCCGUUCACGGCCUUUGGCGUCUUUCGUCGGCCGGGCAUCUCUAUACACGUAUUUGUUUUGUAUAUAGUACUUUAUUUAUUUAAUUAAAUAAAUUGUUUUUAAAGAUGAUGAGGAGCAUGCACAUGGGGAACUCCGCCCCGGCGAGAGGCAUAGCUGCCAUCGUCGGCGUUGGGCCCAAGCUGGGCCGCUCCGUGGCCCGGAAGUUCGCCCACGAAGGCUACACCGUCGCCAUCCUCGCCCGCGACCUCGGGAGGCUGUCGAUGUUCGCGGAGGAGAUAGCGCGGGAGGAGAAGGCCCAAGUGUUUGCAAUCAGAAUAGACUGCUCCGACUCCAGGAGCAUCAGGGAGGCCUUCGAGGGCGUUCUCUCGCUCGGCUUCGUCGAAGUUCUCGUCUACAAUGCCUACUGCCCGGCUGCCUUGCAGCCCACCAACUUCGCCGACGUGUCUCUCGCCGCCUUCGAGCGGUCCCUCGCCGUCUCCUCCGUCGGCGCCUUCCUCUGCGCUCAACAGGUUCUUCCAGGAAUGGUGGAGAGAAGGAAAGGGACGAUUCUGUUCACAGGUUGCGCGGCUUCACUAAACGGGAUUCCUGGAUUCUCUGAUCUAUGUACGUAAGGGCGCCAAAGAUUCAAUCAAUCAUUAUAUAGCUUUUUACAUAGCACGUUGUGGGAAGUUUGCACUGAGAGGCCUGUCGCAGUGCCUGGCCAGAGAGUUCCAAGCCCUUGGGGUGCAUAUUGCACAUGUUGUCAUCGAUGGUCUGGUUGGCUCACCUAGGGGACCAUCGUCGACGUCGCCGUCGACAGGCAGUACCACCGGCGGUGGUUGGUGGCAGAGGACGGCGGUGGUUGGGGAGCAAUUAGUACAACAACAGCAACAAGUAGUCGAAGGAGAAGUGGUAGUGGACGGUGGCGGGCCACCGGAGCCAAUGAUGAUGAUGGACCCGGACUCUUUGGCCCAAACCUACUGGCAUUUGCACGUCCAGGACAGGACGUGUUGGACCCAAGAGAUCGACCUCCGCCCUUCCCACUCUCAACAGUGACGCCAGCCGGCCC